CCCACUUGUCUGUGCUGAAAUUAUUCGUAAGUGUCUUGCCGUCUACUUCUCUCUGAGUGAUCGCUGUUUGUUUGUCCCGCAGAAACGACAAAGCGUACGGAGGACGAAGGACAUCAGCCAUGUCAGCAGCUACGGGACAAGCAGAUCGGCAGCAUCUCAACAUGAAUCAGUAUGCCACUAAGAAGACAGUGGCUGAAAGCAUGCUGGAUGUGGCUCUGCUUAUGGCCAACGCGUCUCAGCUAAAAGCCGUGCUGGAACAAGGGCCAGACUUUAAGUACUUCCUGAUCGUGAUUGUGCUCAUCGCAGUCUCGCUCUUCUUCCAAGUGCUCGCUGGAGCUUUCUUUAUUCUCAUGGCACGUAAAGAUCUCAAUGUCGUUGCAAAUCACAGAAAACUGGACUUAAUGAAUAACAUAGCGACUGCCCUUGUGUUCCUUACCGUCAUCAUCAACAUCUUCAUCACUGCAUUCGGUGUGCAGAAGACAGGCCUCUACCCUCAGUAGUGAACUUUAAGGGAAGGUUACUGAAUGGGAACUUGAUAUUACAGGACUUGGACAUACUGUGUAUCAUCAGUGAAUCCUGGAAGCCUGCAUCGGACAUUUAAAUGUAUAAAAACAAACAAAUAUGUUAUGUUCAGUACGGUUUACCUUUGCCAUAGGUAGCACUUAAUAAUGUAAUAAUCCAGCUUCUACUUUUGCUUUAACAUUUUUUAAGCUUGUUUAAGAAUUUGAACUUAUUUAUUUAUUUAUUUAUUUAUUUAUUCAUUUAUUUCAAACUAAAAGCAAAAGCAGUGGCCUAAACUCACUUUUCUCCUUAUUCAGGUUUUUAACAUCACAGCACUGAAAACUAUUCAUACAAGUUUUCAGAUUUCAUAAAAUUAAAUGACUAAUUAAAUGACAGAAGUCCGUCCCACACCACUGUAUUAUUAGAUCUUUGUAUCGGGGCAGUGGUGGCUCAACUGGUUCAGGCUCUGGGUUAAGGAUUGGAGUUCAAGGCCCAGCACAGCCAAGCUGCCACUGCUGGGCCCUUGAGCAAGGGCCCUGCUGGGCCCUUGAUUAUGACUCCCUGCUUCAGGGGCGCUGUUUCAUAGCUGCCCCUGCGCUCUGACCCCAACCUCCUCAGUUGGAGUAUGUGAAGAAAAGAAUUCCACUGUGCUGUAAUGUAUAUGUGGUGAUAAUAAAGGCUUCUAUGUUCAUU